AUUACUGAUUUUAUUUGGGCACCAGCAACAACUGGGCCAAUCUGACCCAAGCCUUGACUCCUGCUGAGGAAGACUCUGGGGUCUGCAGGGUCAAACCAGGUUUUUCCCAGCACUGGUGGUGUGUUGAGGGCUGCCAUCAACAGCUCUCAGUGCCCAUCCUAGAGUCAUCACCCCUGCUUCCCUGCCCUGCCUGGUUGGGUAGGCGCUGCGGGUACAGAACUGAGGAGUGUGAUGCAAAUGAAGGGGAGCAACUCCUGAUCCUCAGCUCUCCCCAGAAUGCUGCCAAGCACAAAAAUGGCCAGAGAAAAUUACAGCAACUGCCUCAUCUGCCAGGACACUCCAAAGGACGUGGCUUCUGCUCUGCCCUGUCAACACCAGUUCUGCCUGGGCUGCAUCCUACGAUGGACACAGACAAAUCCAUCAUGCCCACUCUGCAGGACACCAGUAGAGACUGUCAGGUUUUCUGAGCGGGGUGAACAGGACUAUCUGCUGUUUGCUGUCAUCUCCCUUGAAGAGUCACUAGAGACCAGCAGCCACACAGGUGCAGCUCCCAUCCUCCUGGAUGAAAACAGCCCCCGUGGCCCUCUGGUGUCCUCUGCACCUUCUCCACAGGGAGCACUGUCCACAGCUGAGCAGGAUGCUGCAGGACCAGAGCCUGUGGGUGGCCUCCUGCCCGAGGUGUGGGCGAGACUGUUCCAACAACAACAGCACCUCCUUGAUCCUGUGCGGCCCUGGCUGUGCCAGAAGCUGGAAGCAAUAUUCCAGGACCAGUGGUGGCUGGUGCAAGUUGCACAAAGCAGCAUCUUGCAUGAUCUCUGCCUCCAUGGUCUGAACAUGGAGAACUUGGUCCAGACACUACAGAACUGCCUUGGGGAGCACACAGCACCCCUGCUCCAUGGCCUCAUCCCUGUCAUUGUGGCCCAGGGCAGCGAGGAGGCCCAGAGGCUGCUGCUUUUCUGCAUUGGCAGGGAGGACACUGACAACCUUGUGGCCAGUGCCAGCUCCAGGUCCAGCAGUUCCCAGAAGAGGAUUUCUGCCAGUGUCCCUACAGGAUUAAACGUGGAGGAGGAAGCAAGAACAUCAGAGGCUGCCCUCCAAGGAGGUCCCAGGCACCUCCCACCUGUGCCCAUUCCUGCAGAGUGGGACCAGCCCCAGGAGGAGCCAGAGCAGGAAGUGAUGCCAGGUCCAUCUGCCCAGGGCAGCAUCUUCAGCCAGGUACAGGGCUGGGACCAGUCUCACAGGAAGCCUCGGCAUGCCCAAAAGAGAAGAGCAUCCAGCCCCCAGGAUUCUCCCCCACCCAGCAAGAGGCCAAGGCCGGCACCUAUGCAACCCUGCCACACUGAGGGGCUCUUUUCAGAGGAAGUGAUGAAACCUGGACCAAGCAAGCCCAUGGCAACUUUGGGAAACAACUGCAUCUUCCCAGAUCUUGCUUCCAUACAGUGCCUGGUGAAGUCCCAGUUGGGGCAGUCCUCUGAUUCCAAGGGUCCGAGGUCCUUCAGUAACUGAGAGAACCUGACACGCUGAAAUGUGAGCACAUUUGAAAAUGUAUUCUGAGAUACUGCAGUGAUGCUGGAAUGAAGGAGUUAACCGUAAUAAAUUAGCCAUUUAUACUCUUGUACACCAGCUGACAGUUUUGUUAUAUUACACUGUAAGUAUUGAACUGCAAGGAGUCCAGGUGGAAUAAUGGGCAAGGAGUAUGUGGAAAACUUGCCUUCCUAAGUGAAUGCUUUCUUCAUCUAGCUUGCUGAAAAUAAAUUGCUGUAAUUGAACUG